AUGAAGGAUCUGCUGGAGGUCAAGACUUUCUUGGGAAUGACCAUCAAGCGAGAUUUCAGCAAGAGCAUCAUCGAGAUUUCGCAGUACACCGCUUACACCAACGUUCGGUGGACGAAGCUGGACGAUGGUGAGGUUAUCACCGAGCAGCUCUUCAAGGAAUUGAUCGGUUGCCUCCAAUAUCUGGCGACAUCUUCGAGGCCAGAUAUCUGUUCAGCGGUUAGCGCACUGAGCAAAUACCAGACCAGCCCGGCGGAUAGGCACUGGCAAGACCUGAAGCGUGUUCUUCGAUACCUUCGAGGUACGACCGAUAUGGCGUUGGUCGUUCGCAGAAACGCGAAACCGGAAAUACUCAGCGGAUAUGCAGACGCAGAUUUCGCUAAUGAUUCCGAUGAUCGAAGAUCUGUAUCGGGCUAUGCCUACCACAACUGGACGUCGUCCGUCGAAGUGUAA